AUGGGGGGGCCAUCAAACCCCGUCUCGGAGGCAAACUCUGCGCCUGUGGCACCACCAUUGGGUUUUGAUAACCCAAUCCCUGCAUAUGCCGGUUCAGCGGCAUAUAACCCGUUCGAGCUACCGGGCCACAACAGCUACAACUAUGCCAAUGUGGACCCGUAUCAGGAGGCGUGGGACUACAAUGCUCGUCACCCUGAAGGGCCCUAUAGUGGUCCUUGGACCACUGGGUACCCACCUUAUGUGUACCAGCACCCGCCACCUCCUCAACCUCUGUAUCAACAGCCUCCGCAGCCGCAACUGAUCCCGCCAGAACGCCAACAAGAGGUUCUCGAUAGGUUGAACCAAGUUGAGGAGGAAGUUCAAGAAGACCGCAGGGAACGUUAA